GCUUACAUAAGUCCCGGCACUCAGUCUCUCCAGGUCCUCGCUGUUCCCUUAGCUUGGGGCCCACAGGUCUUUGUCGAGUUCGUCUCAGCUUUCCACACGAAUACGCGAACACCACCAUCCGAUGGCGCUUGAUCAUCGCUCGAUUCGCUUCUAUCAGAUAACCUACUCUCGCCCGAUCCUUCUAUUCUUGCUUGGGACUCCUGACAACACGGUGAUUGACGAUAGUCGAUGGCAUCCAUGAACUGGCGAUGCUCUCAAUGGCUUCAACUUGGAGAAUUCGGGCGCAAUCGUUCGGCCUUCCACUUUCAAAUGGCAGCGUCGUCAACAUUCCUAUCCAAGCCGGUUCUCUCGCCAGACUCAAUCUCCACCUCGGCGACUCUUUACCGGCUGGGCAUCUUGGAGACCGGGCGGCAUCCGGACACACUCGUUCAGCCUUGUGGGUCCAGCCACGCUGCAAGUUGAAGCUCCUCCGAAGUUGUGGUUUCCGCCCCCAAACCCCUUGCUACGCUCCAGACCUCGUGGCAUCACCCUCUGUGCCCGGCCUUGGGGAGAGCGCCGUGGACUUCGUCGAAUUCCAGGCAGGCAAACCAAGUGCCCUUCCGAGCAUCUCCGAAAAUAUUGGGCAGAGUUCUGUGCACCGGUGCGGUCCUCCUCCAAAUACGACCCCACGCCCGUUCCGGAGGCAGCUGAAUAGUGAAUACGCGGCUUGCGGUGCCCCUCUGUCUGGCAAAAUGAUUUUCGGCUCUUCUGUGUCAAGUCAAACAUCAAGCCCUCACCAUCUUCGGCCGAUAUGCCUUCACGUUGAUAUUCCCGGGCUCGUGGGUUGUACUCUCGAAUGACGAUCACUUCACGCGGCAGGCAGAUACAGGCAUCGGACCUAACAGGCAGCGACAUGUCGAAAAGCCCUCAGAGCAGAGGAGAAUGUUUGGAGAUGUCUCAGUCUUACUCCUGGCUGCGCCCGCAAACGAUAGGAUGGGCCAGACGACUUGAAGCAUUCCUCACCACCAUUGGCAGGCGAACUAAAUGCAGCUCGGAGGGUUGUUGACCUGGCGAUGCAUGUGCGAAAAAAAAGAACCAUCGGGUCUCCAAGAGGGCUAACGCAAACGCACGGAGCACUACUGCAAGGGUAGCAGCAUCUCGAUGGGGGGCCAUGGAGAAGUUUGGACAGCUAGACGGCUUCCCGAAAGCUGCCUCCCUGCCGCUGGCGUCAUCAUCAGCUUACCCUACACUCCUUCAAAGGUGGUUGAUGCGCGCGAAGAGUCUGCCUGCCUGCCUCGUCACCCGGGGGAGAGUGAGGAGGUUGGAGUCGAAUCCAU